AUGAAAAGAAAAUAUACACAAAAGAUUGAAUUCGAUUAAUCUAUUGUUAAAAGUUAAAAUCCUGAAAUCCCUUUUAGGCCAAACUCUGGCAAAUUAGCUCCCAUCAUUAAAUCACCUUUACCACCUAGAAAGGCAACUUUAUCAUAACAUCAAAAUUAAAGAAAAAAUCAAUAAGAAAUACAUUAAAAUUAAGACAUCAAAGUUAUUAAAAUUCGAAGCCUUACACCAAAUCAAUAAAAACUAUUUUAGCAUAAUGUAUAAUUCCAUAUUUUAUGAAAAAAAGAACCCAAGUCCUGUUAAAUUAAUUUAAAAUUAACCAAUAGCUUAAUCAGAAAAGAAAAUAAUUGUCAUUCCUAAAAGACCAGAAAAAUAAUAAUUUAGAAUUGCAAACAAAAUAAAUUCAUCAACUGAAAAAAAAAAUUAAUAAUCAAAAGGAAGAAGUCCUAAUCAAGGUUAAGAAUUCAAUUGGGCAAAUACUGAAUUAACUUAAGUAAUAGAUUUUUUAAUGUAGAAAUAAAAUAAUAUUAGAGAAUAACAUUAUAAAUAAUAAAAGCCAGAAUUUCUUAAACAAUAACCAAAAUGUGCAUAAGAUUUCUCGAUGACUUCUCAUAAAAAUGAUUUGCCUUAAUUAUUAAAAAAUUAUUAAUAAGAAAUAAAAGAAGUUCGUUAGUAAUACAUUCAUGAUAAUUCACCUCCAUUAAAUAUGAGUGGUAUCAUAUUAUAUCAUAAUAGAAAUUAUGGAAAUUAAUGAAGAUGGUCUUUCCUCUUUAGCCCAAAGCACCUAUCAUCAUUAGAUGCAUUGA